AUGACCUCCAAAGCAGACUCUCAAGUCGACAGAGAACGCCAUAUAAAAUACUGGAGACGAUGUGCUCAAAUCCUCCCCGAACCCUACACCUCGGGCGAGGCCAGUCGAAUGAGCUUUGGCUUUUUUAUCGUUGCCGCAUUGGAUCUUUUGGAUGCUUUCGAAAAUGUGAUCACUCCCGCCGAGAGACUGAGCUGGAUUGAGUGGAUUUAUGCCUGUCAAGUCCCUCACACGGGCGGAUUCCGAGGCUUCACAGGCACAAUGAUGGGUGGUAUGAGACAUCCGGGAAACUGGCACUGGGAUCCAGCGAAUCUGCCCAAUACCUACUUUGCAUUGGCUACGUUGUUGAUUCUGGGGGACGAUCUGGGCAGAGUGAAGAGAAAGGAGUGUCUGCAGUGGGUCAAAAGUCUGCAAAGACCGAAUGGCAGCUUUGGCGAAUUCCUUGGUGAGGACGACGUGGUCGAAGGGGCAGAUGAUCCGAGGCUCUGCCUGUGCGCAGCAGGGACAAUCAAGCUGCUACAAGGCGGCGAGCAGGAUGAGAAGGCGGAAUGGCUAGAUGAAGGAAAACUACGACAGUAUAUUGCAAAUUGUCAGAGUCAUGAAGGUGGAAUCGGCCAGGCUCCUCUGCUGGAGGCUCACUCCGGGUUGAAUUACUGCGCCAUCGCCACUCUUUCGUUCCUCGGCCUCCUCCAGGAACCACCGAUAUCAAUCCAUGAGGUAGCCAGUGAGGCUAAGCUCGAUACUUCUAGCUGUACGCGAUGGAUGCUUGAUCGACAAACAACCAGGAUCGAGGGGGGAGAUGAGGGCGAACACGAAAUCGACGAAACUCAACCAGAGAAGUUCUCCUCUGAUAUGUCUAGGAUGGGACACGAAUUGAAAAUUACGGAGAAAGUAAUCGCUGGAUUUUGUGGCCGAUGCGGCAAGAUUGCAGACACCUGUUACUGUUUCUGGAAUGUAGGAGCUUUGGCUAUCCUUCAGCAGCACCAUCUCGUCGAUGUUGAGUCGCUGAGAGGAUAUCUUCUGGACAAAGCCGCGCAUCUCAUAGGAGGAUUUGGAAAAGGGCCUGGCGAGCUCCCCGAUCUUUUGCACUCGUAUCUUGGUCUCGCUGUGCUGGCGAUAUACAACGAGCCUGGGCUGAAGGAAUUCGACGCAACAUUCUGUUUUAGCAAAGAUGCUGUACAGAAGUUGAAGCAUGUGGCUUGGCGGCAAAGUUGA